AUACUUUGCAGGUUUUUAGACACACCCACUCAGCAGACACGCAACUCUGUGGUGCUUCUGCAGCUUAAUAACAAUGCAGAAAACAAGUGAGCUAAAAAUGCAUUUAGAGUCUUCGCUGAACAGGAUAUUUCAGGCCACCGUGGAUGACAUCCUGGACUCGGUGGAGCGGACCCUCUCUGAGUACCAGGGGGCGAUCCAGACGAUCCAGACGGAGAAUGAAGGUCUGAGGCUGCUGCUGCUGCAGAGGAGCCCAGAGUCCGACCACAGAGGUCUGCGGUCUCCAGAAGGAUGUGAGGAGGAGGAUGCUGAACACUUGUCUGCCUUUAACUGGAAGAGUAAUUUGUUCGGCUCCACGUCGAACAUGUUAAAGGUGUCAAUAUGCAGCAGUGACAACAAAUGUUUGAGGCAGAGGAAUGAGGGAGAGCUGAUGGAGAGCGCAUCCUCCACUUCAUUUUUUUUGCAGACAGAAGAAAGAGAAGAACAGCCAUGUGUGAACGACUGCAGUGGAAUCUCAGUUCCUAGGAAAACAGAGCCUGACCCGGAGGAAAGUUGCGCCCUCACUCAGUCACCUCUGAAUCAGAUGGAGGAGCUAGUUAAGAAUGAGAGCUCGGAGAUUACUGGUGAUGCAUUCACAGUUGAGCAUGAGCUGCAUCCUCCAAGCCCUGAACAUGAAUGCAGCGAGAGUGAGAGCUACAAAAAGGAGGGACAUCUCUUCCAAAUCAAGGGAGAGGUCGAAAAGCUGCCAGAGGGAGAAGGUUUUAGUUUCACUCAGCCAGUGUUAAAAUGUGAUCCUAAAUAUCAGGGUGCUGAGCAGGAUCAAAGACGGAUGGUAGGAGCAAGCACAACAGAAAAGGAGCAGGAACAAGUAAUGCUGGAGCAAAAUGAUUCACUCGCUGUUGCUGAAGGGGCCCAGGUAACGAGCACCAACAUUUUGGACUUAAACGGAGCAGAUCUAAGUAUUCUCAACCAAACUCACAGCAAAGACAAAGAUCACAGCUGCAGCAUUUAUGGAAAACUUUUCCGGCCGGUCAGCAACACGAGUUUACGUAAGCGUAAGCACAAGGGAGAAAGACAGCACUGCUGCAACAUCUGUAGCAAAGCUUUCAGCACUUCAUACAGACUCAAGGUGCACAUGCGCAGCCACACUGGAGAAAAGCCUUAUGCCUGCCCUUUCUGCGAGAAGUGUUUCGGGUACAGGCCUGGGUUUAGGCAACACCUGCAGGUGCACACCGGGGAGAAGUCAUACAGUUGCCAACUGUGCGGAAGAACAUUUGGAACCAUACAAAACCUGCGGCAGCAUGACAGGCUCCAUACGGACAAGCGGCCCUUUUGCUGCGCUCAGUGCGGCAAGACGUUUCACUACCGGAACGACCUCAAAAAACAUAACCGGAUCCACACGGGCGAGAAGCCGUAUGUCUGCGACGUGUGCAAGAAGUCUUUUACCCAGAUAGGGGGCCUCAAAAUCCACAUGCGGACGCACACCGGAGAACGGCCGUACAGCUGCGACGAGUGCGGCAAGAGAUUCACGGUGGGCAGCAGUCUUAGGCUGCACCUCACCACUCACUCGGAGGAGAAGGCGUACGGCUGCACUCACUGCGGAAAAAGAUUCAAGAGGUUUAGUCACCUGCAGAGACAUGAGAUGUUGCACACCGGGGUAAAGAACUUUUCCUGCAGUCAGUGUGGGAAGCAUUUCGCUGAUGAUCAGUAUUUGAAAAGACAUCUCAAGAUCCAUGAGUCACGGGAGCAAAAGCUGAAGACCAAAGCUUCAAGAAAACCGACUGGAGUUUGAAAUGUGGCAGCGAUAGGGAUUAACGCUAUUGAUACAGAAUAGAAUUGAUUUAUUUGUUGAAUUGAUUGAUUAAUUGACUUUAUUGAUCUCACGUUGCAGAAAUUUAAUCGUUUCAUCAACUCAGAUAGUCAAAAGAGAAGAAGAAGGUGCCAAAGGAAGGAAAAGGUGCAUGGGAUAUAUACAGUACGUAUAUAUGGUGCGUCCACAUAUGCCAUUUUUUAUUUUUUUUUUGGUUUGUUUUUAGAAUAGAACUUUCUUGAUUCCACAAUGGAGAAAUACGCUACCUUAUUUAAUUGUCUUAUGUUCAUUAAUCUGUUUGAGAAAAGACAUCUUGUUUUGUUUUUUUUACUUCAUUUUCUGUUGUAUCAAAAUGAUCUUUCAGUAGCUUAAGGCUCCGUGCUGGAAGAGGCUUUGUUCUGCUAGCAUCACCUUUAAAAAGGUGAUUAAAUGGGCCCUAUUUAGGUGGUAACUUAAGGAGUUGAUGGGGUGUUUAUAUUUACUAACAGAACCACGUAAAUAACAUUUUGCAUCCUUGCCACCGUGAAGCAUAACACUGGACCAAACUCUGAAUCGAUUCAUGUUUCUACUCUGUCCAGAGACUAUGCAUACGUAGAUCCCUCAGGGACUGAAGCAGCUAACUAGAGCCGCCAUCUUGGGUGGGGCUUUCACUCCCCCCCAUCCCAGUACAUUCAUUUAUACUAAGGAAGCUGUUUGCUCAAAUAAAAUCACAACUUUUUUACCAA